UUAAUAGAUUAUUAUGCCUAUUGUAUGUUCAGACGAACACAUUUUUGACAUUUAAACCAAUAUUACGGUUUUUUGUUCCGUUAUAACCAGACAAUGUGUGUUUAUUUUGCUUAACGAGACUGUAAACUGAUAGUCAUUGUUUUUUGCUUCCGCGCAUGCGCAGUCGUGGCCAGGUAACGCCAAGGGCUACCUGUGUAUCACUGCAAGAACCCGUUUAUGGUCUCGUCAAAUCUUAAUUUCUCAGAAUCUGAUUAUUCGGGUUUUAAUUCGUCAUGAUUCGUCAUCAGUCAUGAAGUUGAUGACAUCAGGUGAAGAUCAGGUGAUGAUCAGGUGAUGAUCAGGUGAAGAUCAGGUGAUGACCAGGUGAAGAUCAGGUGAAGAUUACUGCGUUAAAUCACUUUAAUGGAAAAAGAAGAAAGUGAUCAGUAGCAGACUGUCUGGACUGGAUUUUUUUCCCGCAGAACAAACAGGAAGCACACAGUUGUAUAGAACGUCUCUGUGUGCUGUAGCUUUACAGUUUCCCUUCACUGGAACUAAGAGACUGAAACCUGUUCCAGCAUGACAAUGCCCCUGUGCACAAAGCGAGCUCCAUGAAGACAUGGUGUGUGAAGGUUGGAGUGGAAGAACUCGAGUGUCCAGUACACCUUUGGGAUGAAUUAGAAAGCCAACUGCACCCCAGGCAUUCUCGCCUGACCUCACUAAUGCUCUUGUAGCUGAAUGAACACAAAUCCCCACAGCCACGCUCCAACAUCUAGUGGAAAGCUUCCCAGAAGAGUGGAGCUCACUAUAACAGCAAAGGGGGAUGAACUCUGUGUUAAUUUCCACGGUUUUGGAAUGGGAUGUUCAAGUCAAGCAGUAAAAGAUGGCAUCUAAAACUUCAGCAGGACGUUUUCAGCAUCUCCUGCUGCCUCUCUUUCUGCUUUUUUGUUUUGGAGGAGUAUUCUACACUUACUACAAGCCAACUAUAAGCUGGGCACUGUGUUCUGAUGGUGCAGUCUCCUCAUAUGAAGUCUGCUUAGAUAAAUGCCUCAAUGCUUUCAAAGAGAACUUUACCAGAAAUUUAACUACCAUCAGCACCCUUAACUACACUUUGGUAAAGCAACUACCACCAAUCACCAGUCAAGCUGUCAUGGAAGAAAAUAAGGAAAAUCAUGACCUUGACACCAUCAUGUUAAUCUGGUCAUGGCCUUUUGGUUUUAAAUUUGAUGUAAAAGCCUGUAGUCCACUGUUUGGUAUUAAAGGUUGUCAAAUUACAGAUGACAGAAGCCAGUAUGACAAAGCCCAUGGUGUUAUGUUUCAUCACAGAGAUAUCGGUGGUGAUGUCACAAACCUGCUAAACACACCACGACCUCCACACCAGAAGUGGGUAUGGAUGAACAUGGAGUCUCCUGAUAAUUCACAAAGAUGGACUGGGCUAGAUGGUUUAUUCAAUCUGACUGCAAAUUAUCGGAGAGAUUCAGAUGUCUGGGUGCCUUAUGGGAGAAUCACAGAAGCAUCUGAGAAGGACAAAACCUUUAAAAUACCACCAAAGGACAAAUUAGUGUGCUGGAUUGUCAGUAACUGGAACCCCAACUUUAGGAGAGUGAAAUAUUUUAAUGAACUGAUCCAACACGUCAAAGUAGAGGCUUACGGUAGACACUUCGACAGGUAUGUCAGCAAUGAAGAUUAUAAUAAGAUUGUACAAAGCUGUAAAUUCUACUUAUCGUUCGAGAGCUCCAUCCAUAAAGACUACUUCACAGAAAAGCUGUUUAAUCCCAUGAAAAUCGGCACGGUUCCUGUGGUUCUCGGUCCACCCAGGGAGAACUAUGAGGAUUUCAUUCCAGCAGAUUCAUUCAUUCAUGUGGACGAUUUCAAAUCCCCUCAGGAACUGGCAAAACAUCUCACAUUUCUGGACCAGAACCAGGAAGUUUAUGAACAGUACUUCACCUGGAGAAAACACUUUACUGCUGAAGGUGCACCUUUCGGUCUAGAACAUGCUUGCCGAAGUUGUGAUUAUAUAAGAAACAAUAAGGGCUACAGAGUAUUUAAAAAUCUCAAUAAAUGGUAUUGGGGUUAGCUAGCAUUUUAUUUUACAAGCAUAUGUAGGCUCUUGCACUGGAAAACAUUUUAAUACUAAACCAUGCCUCCACCUGCUACAUAAUUCCAUUUAAGGAUAUAUUCCCAGUUCAUAAGGAUUACCUAAUUAUUUGCCUUGUCAUGGAGUGCAAUACUGAAUAUUAUAUUUUAUGCAUUUAAAGAGGGUUGGCUGACUGAUGCCAGUGUUGAGAAGGAAUGUCCAUGUAAUUUUUUUUUCAAGUGAGAAGUAUGUGUUUCUGUGUGAAAUGGGUAACUGAUGUAAUGUGUGCUGAAUGUUUGGCAUGAUUAAGAGCUCUAGCAGCUGAACUUUAUAACUCUAAAAGUCUAUUUAGGGUUCUACUAGAAAUGCCAAACAACAGAGGUUGUGAAAGUGUGAAUCAUGUUCACGGCAUCUUUUAAACUAAACAAAGCACUGAUAAAAAGCGAUUUUGGUCAGUGACACAAAGUGGGAGUCGAAGGCGUGUGUUAUCAAAAAUUAGGUCAAAGCUCUGGGUUACUGAUCAGAAGGUUGGAGGUUCAAACCCCCGCACUGCCAAGCUGCCACGGUUGGGCCCUUGAGUGAGGCCCUUACUGCUUUAUACUCCAGAGGCACUGAAUCAUGUCUGACCCUGUCCUCUAACCCCAAUUUCUUAACAAGCUGUGAUAUGCAAAGAAAAGAAUUUCACUCUACUGUAAUGUAUAUGUGACAAAUAAAGCCAUUCUUUUCUUCA